AUGCGCGUGCUGCAAGCAAGCUCCCGAAGCAACGCGCCACUGCGGGCGACAGCGCCCGUGGUGGCGGCCAAACGCGCCGCCGUUCCGCGCCAAACUGGCGCCGACGAGCUGUCGCGACUGCAGGCGGCCAACGCAGCGCUGCGUGACGAGCUUGCUGUCGCCCGUGGUGACGUCGGCAAGCUCGUCGACGACUUGGCGUUCAUGGAGGCCCGGCUGGCCGAGAAGGACCAGCUUGUGGAGGCGCUCCAGGCUUCGCUGGCCGAGGCCUCGGCCGCGCUGGGCGCACAGGCCGACGCCAUCACCCGCCCGCCGCGGGCGGGCCCGCCGGCUACCCCGUCCAAGGAGCUGCUUCAGGCCCGUGGUGAGUGCGUCGACAAGCUCGAGACCGUCCUCCGCGACUCGCGCCUGCUUGACGACGAGCAGGAGACAUACACCAAGACCAUCGAGACGCUCGUUGACCAGCUGACCUCGGCCGAUGCCACUAUCGCCCGCCUCGACUCGAUCAACGCCUCGCUCGAGUCGGAGAACGCCCGGCUGGAGGCUCAGCUGGUGACCUUCCAGACCCAGCUUGCCGCCAUGGCCUCGGACAAGCAUGCCACCGACACCUUGCUCGCAGCCUCGCAGGCUCGCCUGUCGCGAGCCCUCGAUGCGCGCGACCAGGCCCGCUCCGAGCUGCAGGCCCUGCUCGACGCCUCAAUGGCGCCCGAUGACUCGGCAGAUGAUCUCUCGUCGGCUUCGUCGUCGCUCGACAUCUCGGCGGCUUCCCGCUCCCCGCGCAACGUGCUCGACGACUCGACCGACGCGCGCUGCUCCGAGCUCUCGUCCGCGCUCCUUGAGCUCCGCGCCGCCAACGAGGCGCUUGAGGCGCAGCUGAGCGCCGUCCAGACCUCGGCUGCGGGUGAGGUCUCAGAGCUCCGUACCCUGGUUGCGGCGCUAGAAGCCGAGCGUUCGUCUCUGACGGCGUCCCUCGAUGGUGCCCAUGCCACCAUUGCCGCCUCUACGCGCGACCGUCAAGCUCUGCUUGACCAGAUUGACGCGCUCCGCCAUAUGUCGUCGUCGCCCUCACCGUCGUUCUCCGACGACGAGGCCUCGGCCGGCAGCGCAGCCCUCGCUGCCGCCGAGAACGCGCUCGCCUCGGUCACGGCUGCCGUUGACGCUGCGCUUGCCUCGGAGCUUGAGUCGGUCCCAGCCUCAGCCUCGGAGAACCUCUCUCCGGGCCCGGACUUUGAUGCCCUCAUUGCAGCAGCCCACGCCGACCUCAGCACUGCCAAGGCUGAGCUCGCGGCUGCGCUGAACGCCAAGGCCGCGCUCGAGACCAAGCUGAGCGAGGCUACCGGUCGCAUCGCUUGCACCCACGAGCCUGAGAUUGCAAGUCUCAAGGCCGAGCUUGCGGCCGCGCGCUCAGCAAACCUCUCAGCUACCGACUGUGAGGACUGCCGCGUUAAGAUUGCCCAGCUCGAGGCUGAGCUAGUUGCUGCGCGUGCAGCUCCCGCGACGCCCAACUCAUCAUUGUCGUCGUCAACCUCGAUUUCGUCGGCAUUCGCGACACCUGAUCACGAGCGCUGUAACGCUCACAUUGCCGAGCUGGAGACAAGCGUUGCCCAGCUCACGACACAGCUGGCCGCUGUGCGGGAUGAUCUCGCCGACGCCGGGCAAGUUCAAGCUGAGCUCGCGGCAACCCAGGACGAGCUGGACCGAACGUCGGGCGAGCUUUCCGAGGCCCGGGCCAAAUUGCGUGAAGCAGAGCAAGAGAUUGCGGCCAAGCUUGCCGAGGCGAACGAGGUCAAGGCCGAGCUUGUCAAGCUCAAGGGAGUGCACAAGUCGCUUGACAUUGCCCGAGCCGAGGCUGAAGCGGCAGUGGCGUCUAUUGAGGCCGAGCGCGAUGCGCAAGUGAUGAUGCACAAGGAGCUGGCCGAGAAGCAGAUUGCCGAGGCGCACGCUGCCCGCGACAAGAUCCACACCCUUGCCACCGAUGCGCAGGCCAAGAUUGCGGACUUGACUGCCGAGCUCACGGAUGCCAAGCACCAGAUCUCGCUACUGCGCUCGCAGCGCAAGGACGACAAGUCCAAGUUUACGCUGCUCAAAAAGUCGCUCGCCGAGACGACCGACAAGCUUGAGGCUGCGGUGGUGGACGCCCGCGAGGCUCGCGGCCAGGUCGUCCGCCUGGAGGGAACCCAGGCACAACUGGCAACUGUCACUGCCCAGGCCAAUGAGCUUCGCGGCCAGCUGCGGACCCUCACCGCCGAGCGUGAUGAUCUUGCGCGCUCACUCGAUACGCUCAAGUGGGACGGCUCACAGCGUGAGGCCGGCGUCGCGCAUCUCGAGGCCACAGUCGCCUCGCUGCGCAAGGACAACGCUGCCCUCGCCUCGGCCAAGUUGGAGGUCGAGAAGAAGGCCGCCAACGCAGAGACUGCUGCCUCGCAAGCGGCUCAUAACCUGCAGCUUGCCUGUGACGAGCGUGACGCACUCCAAACUGCGCUUGAAGCAGCUCGCGAGCAGACUCGUGCCCUGCGCGCUGAUCUCACCGCCGCACGCACCGAGUCGAGCUCGGCCCAGGCUACAGUUCACGACCUCGAGUCUAAUCUUGUUGACCUGCGCGCCAUGCUUGAUUCUGCCCGCGCGGCCGCCAAGUCGGCAGCAAGCUCGGGCAAGUCAUCGCACGGAACAAGCGGCAGGAGCGGCGGUGGCGACGAUGGCGACGACGAUGACGAAGUUGGCGACGGCAACAACAAUGCUGGCGACCGUCGCGACGAUGCGGGGAAUGUCGGUCCCCAUCGAGGUGGCGGGAGCGGGAGCGGAGGCAGCGGCGGAAGUGGUGGAGGCGGUGGAGGCGAUGGAGGCGGCGGCGGAGGUGGAGGCGGCGGCGGCGGCGGCGGCGGCGGUAACGAUGACCACGACUCGUUUGCUGCGCUUUCGAGCCUUGUUGCCGAGCUGCGCGCCCGCAUCCGCGAGCUCGAGAUCGAGCUCGUUGACGCCCAGACCGAGGCCGCAGCUGCACAGCGUGCCGCCGAGCGUGCAGCUGCACCGACUGCUGUUCCGGACACUGAGCUUGCGCGCCAGCUGGAAUUGACGCAGACUCAGCUGCUGAACACCGUGACUGAGCGCAACGCGCUCGAGGCGCAGUAUGCCAAGCUUCAGGAGAAUGCGGCCAACAUGCAGCGGGUUCUCUCGCUGAUGACCCAGUCUGAGCCGCAGGACGAUGUCCGUGAAGAGCUGGCCAACAUGUACUCCAAGUACAAGGCCAUCAUUUCCGAGCUUGAGACCCAGCUCCUCACUGCGCAGCAGGAGCUCGAGGUGGCGGCGUCGGAGCGCGAUCGUGCGGUCGAGAUGCUGGACUCCACUCGCUCGCUGGUGGAAAAGUCAGUUGCCGAGCAGGCUAGCGCAGCAUCGGGUAUGCAGUCGCAUGUGGAGACGCUGGAGCAGCACAAUGCCGCGCUCGAGGCGCGCAUCCGUGAACUCGAGUAUACCUCCGAGUCGACCCACUCUGAAGACGGCAUCCAGAUCCUGGAGCUGCAGCGGACGCUCGCUACCCAGCAGCAGCAGCUCCGUGACAUGACCGACUCGCUGGAGGAGACUGUGCUCGCCAACGAGCAGUUGCGGAACCAGCUGGUCGACAUGGGUGUGACGCCGGUGCUUGCUGGCGACUACGCCAACCCGAACACAGCAGUUCGCGAGCGGCUGCAGCAACGCGCGGAGCAGGUUGCCAACCUUGAGUACCAGCUCAACAUGGCACAGCGAAUUGAGGCCGAGCUCCGCGAGGAGCUCGUCGAGAUCAAGCACGCACUGGAGCUGUCCGAGAUGAACAAGGCUCAGGGCGAGGCCGAUGCAGAGGUGCUCGCACGCUCGCUUGAGGAGAAGAUCGCUCAUCAGGAUGAGCUGCUUGCUGCGGUCAACUCGUCGCUCACCGCGGCGCGCGAGGAUCUUGCCCAGGCUGCGCUCGAGCGCGAUGAUGCGUCACUGCAGCUCAUCGAGCUGCACAACACGGCCACUGACUUGCAAGUUGUUCUCACCAAGACUACCGAGACGCUCGAGCGGACGGUGGAGCAGAAUGAGGAGCUUGCACAUCAGCUGGCUGACGCUGAGUCGGCACUCGAGACGCUGCGGUCGGAGCAUGACUCGCUCCGGCACGACACUGACGCUGCUGCCACUGAAGCUGCGGAGCGUGAGGCCUCGCUCAUGCAGCGGACGCUCGAGUUGGAGCAGCUCCUUGCGGCAGCCCGCAACGAGGCUGCCGACCUUGACCACAACCUGGUGCUUACUCAGUCACAGCUCUCGGCGCACAUGGACGAGUCGGAGAAGGUCAUUGCCAAGCUGGAGUCGUCGCUUGUCUCGCUGCAGGCUGAUGCCGAUCAAAAGCAGGAGAAACUGGACGAGCUCUCGCACGUGGCGCUCGAGCGCGAGUCACUUUCGAUGGAGCUGGUCAAGAUGCAGCGCGAGUCAACUGAGCUGCAGCAGCUGGUCUCGUCGACAGCUGACGAGCUGAUGCUCGCCCGCGAGGAGGCGCGGACUCUUGCCGAGGAGAAGGACUCGUUCCGGGCUGCUCUCGAGGCGUUGGACAUGGACAAGGCCGCGGUCGAGGCCCAGCUUGCCGAGACUCAGGCUGAGCAGCAGGGCUUCUGGACGACAAUUGGUGACCUCGAGAAGGAGGUCGGAGAGCAGGCGCUGGCGCUUGAGAUGCUCCGCAACGAAAAGGAGGCGCUUGCGGCCGAGCUGGACGCCAUGCGCAUCGACUACUCGGUCCAGUCCGAGGAGCUCGAGGCGACGCGGGCCGACCUCAAUGCGACGGCACUGGAAAAAGAUGCACUGGCGCAGCUGAGUGCCACCAACGCGUCGCACAUCGAUCAUCUAGAGGGCCACAAGCGGGCGGCACAGAACCUUGCUGCCCUGCUCAAAGAGGCCAAGGCCGAGCUCGCCGCUGCUGGCGAGAAAGCUGCCGCCGACGCCGAUGCUGCGGCUGCAAAGGAGGCCGAGCUCGAGGCCGAGCUUGUCGAGCGCAACACGCGCUGUGAGGCGGUGGCGGCCGAUCUUGCUGCUGCGACGGCAGACCUUGAGCUUCAGGCUGCAAAGCUGGAGACAAGCUCUAUCCGCUGCACCGAGUUGGAGAGCAAGCUCGCUGCUGCUGUGGCUGGUGCCGACGCGCUGCAUGACGAGUUGGAAGAGACCAAGUCGAACCUGACAGCAGCGAGCGCCUCUCUUGCCGAGCGUGAGACCGAGCUAUCAUCGACGCGCGCGGCGCUGGAGGCGACCGAGGCCGAGCGUGAUGACGCACUCGCCAACUGCGAGGCCACCGCAGCUGCGGCGGCAGACGCUGCCGAUCGCGCCGAAGAGCUUGCGGCUCAGGCUGCAGAAGUGCAUGCAGCCAAGAUGGCGGCACUGGAGCGCGAGCUGGGUGACGCAACAGCUCGGGUCACCGAGCUGGAAGGAGCGCUUGCGAGCGCGCGAGCGCAUGCGUCGCAGCUGGAGACGAGUAACCAAGAGCUCCGGGUUGCCGCCGACGCUGCAGAGGGUCUGCAAACCGAGCUCGAGGCGACUGCGGCCGAUCUCGACGACGUCAUUGUUGAGCGCGAUGCUCUCCACGAGAUGAUGCUUGCACGACUCAACGUGCAAGAUGAGGUCGAAGAGGUCAAAACGGCUAACGAAGACCUUGCCGAGGCAUUGGACGAGCUCAAGGCCCGCUACAAGAAGAUCAGUUUGGAGCGCGACGAGCUGGCGUCGGGGCUGGAGAAGAUCAACGCCAACGUGAGAGUGAUGGAGUCGAACGCUGCCGAGACCCAGCGGGCGCUCGAGGCCGAAAGCGAGCGUUCAGCGCAGCUGGCGGAUGCGCUUGAUGCGUCAAAUGCUGCACUGAAGGAGGCACAAGACGAGGUUGGCGCGCUCAACGCGACGCGCGAGGAGCUGGUGCUGGCCAAGGCACUGCUCACCCAGCAGUUGGAGAAUACAACUGAGAAGCUGGAAGAGCUCUCGCAGUCGUCGUCGUCGAUGGCGGAUCUACUGGCGUCGCGAAGCGAGAAGCUCAACACGGCGCGUGAUCGCAUCCGUGAAUUGCAGCAGCACAACCGCGAGCUUGCGGCUCGGCUCAAAGAGGCCAAGGACGAGCUGGCUAGUGCACAAGACCACCGCGAGUCGCUGGCAGGGCAGGUGGCAGCAGCGCACGAGGCAGCCGCUGCGGCACGCAACGAGGCUAUGGCGCUGGUGCAGGACCAGACUGGCUCGACGAGUUCGGCGUGCCAAGCUGUCCGCGACGAGCUCACUGCUGUGGUCGACAAGUUCCAGGCCGAGCACCGCAAAGUCGAAGAGCUUGCGGCCAAGGGCAUGCGUGCACUUGGCGAGGAGCUUUCAGAGGCACGGUCUGCGUACAAGAUGAGCGCUCGCGAGCUCGAUGAGACCCGGGCGAGGCUUGACGAGACCAAGGCUGCGCUUGAUGCACUUCAGCUCGAGGCUGGUGAUCUGCGCGCGGAGCUCAACCGCCGGUCGCGGACGUUUGACACCGCUGAGAAGUUGUGUGCCGACGCGGAGCUUGCGCGCGACGCUGCGGCCGAGCGGGCCGAGUCGGCGCUGAACCAGCUUGCCGAGCUCCGGUUGGUGCUCCAGGAGUCACAGGGCGCGCUGCGCAAGGCGCUAACUGAGAAGAACGCGCUCGAGAGCCGUGUGGAGCACGCCGAGGCGACGACGGCUUUGGUGCAGUCACAGCUAGAGGCGACUGAGGGCAACCGCGGAAAGGCGGCGGGCGAGCUGUCCAAGGCACGACGCGCGCUGCGGAAGGCCGACGCAACGAAUCGCGAACUCUCGCUGCAGCUGCAGGCCAAGUCACAACUAGCAUCGCGCAACGCCAAGGCGCUCAAGGCGGCGCGCAAGAAGGCUAGCGCGGCGGAGGCGGCGGUGGCAGAGCUGAAAACCGAGCUGAAGGUUCUUCAGACUGCAUAUGAGAAGGAUACAGGUCACGCGCUGGACAAGCUCAAGGCCGCAGACGCGCAGCUGCAAGUCCGCGCCGGAGAGAGCAGCGACCCGUCGCGGAUGGCGCGGCUGGAAGUCGAGCUGGCGGAAGCGCGUGCUAAGCUGAGCAGCAUGCCGAGCGCAAGCGAGCUGGACUCGCUGCGGGCCAAGGCGGCGGCGCUGCCACAGCUGCGCGCGUCGCUGAGCGAGAUGACGAGCAUGGUCGACAGCGCGACUGAGCAUGCAUCCGAGCUUGAAGCCGAGCUUCGCGAGACCGAGAAGCAGCUUGGCCUCGCAGUGUUGGAGAAGCGGGAAGCCGAGGCGGCGCUGGAGGCCGCCCGCCGCGAGACCGAGACCACGGCCGAGCGGCGGCUUGCGGCGGCCGAAGCUGAGCUCGCGGAGCUCCGCGACAAGUGCGCCCGACUCAAGUCUGUGGUCAUUUCGCUCAAGGAGGUUAAGAGCCGACUGGAAGACCGAGUGUCUGAAGCCGAGAGUGCGCGGCGGAGCCUCGCGUCACAGGUAGACGCGAUGUCGGCACACAUGGACCUGAGCGCCAAGCACGCGUCGCACGCGGCCGACUCUGCCGAGAGCUCGCGCGAGGCACGGUCGGCACUGGCACUGGUCCAGGCCGAGCUAGUGAGCGCCAAGGCACAGUUGGCAGGCAUGGCCGACGAGGUUGAGGCGUCGCGGGUGGCGCAGGUCAAGCUCGAGCUGAUGGGCCAGGAACAAGCGCGACGGGAGGCACGGCUGGAGGCAGCCGAGGCCUCUGUCGCGGCGCUGCAAGAGCAGCUGUACGCGGCGCGGGCAUCGACCGACGCCGAAGUCUCGACGCGGACGGCGCGGCUGGAGGCGACCAACUCGGCGCUGCAGGCUAAGAUUGACGAGUACGUGGCGCGACUCGACGCCGAGACCGAGCGUCGUGCUGGCCUGCCUGCGCUCGAGGACCGCCUGGCAACGCUGACCAAGGACCUUUACAAGGUGCAGCAGGAGAACAUUGCGGCGACGGGCGCAGCGGCCAAGGCUACAGAGGCUCAAGCUGGCGGCGGCGCGGGCCAGUUGGAGGAGCUGCUGGACACCAAAAUGAGCCUAAUGACUCAGCUGCAGAGUGCCGAGGGCGAAUUGCUGGGCCUGCGCAAGGACCACGACGCGCUGGUGGGCGAGUGUGGCGAGGCAAAGGCAGCGCUGGCCGCGGCCAAGCGCGAGGCGCUCGAGGCAUGCUCUGAGCGUGACCGGCUCGGCUCGCUGGUGAUGAAGCUGCAGGACCGGCAUGAUGCGCAGGCGGAGGAGCUGGCGCGGAGCCGGGCCAAGGCAGACGAGUGGGAGGGCGUGGCAGAGAGCGCCAAACAUGAGUUGUCUGCGGCGUCGGCCAAGGUGGUUGAUCUCGAGCGGACGAAGCACCAGAUGGCGGUUGAGCUCUCAUCGCUUGUCGACGCCAUGGGCGAGGCGCAGCGCGAGCAAGAGUCGCUGGCGACCCAGCUCGACCUGACGCGGGCAUCGCUCGAGGCGGCCAACGCGUCCAAGAGCGCGCUGGAGCAGAGCCACCUUGAGGUGCAAGGCCGCAAGCUGGAGCUGGAGAAGGCACACGAAGAGCUGCUCGAGCUCGUUGGUGAGCUGAAGUCCAAGGUUGCGAGCGCCGAGGCCGAGGUGCAGGCCGCCGAGGCGCUGGGAAAGGCCAAGGCUAAGACGCUCGAGGCCCAGCUGGAGGAGGCGCGGCACGAGAAGGUCACGCAUGUGGACCAGAUGUCGUCGACACUGCGACAGCAGCUCUCAGAGGCUCACACGUCGUCGAGCUACGAGCUGAAGCAGUCUGCGGCGACGAUCCGACAGCUGCAGUCGGAGCUUGCCGAGAGCCGGGGAGCGCUGGAGCGUGCGCUCAUGGACAAGACCGAGGCGCACCGAGCGGCGCGCGAGGCGACGGUGAAGAUGGAGAACGCCAUCCGCGAGAUCGAGCACUCUCAGCUUGUGUCGACGGUGUCGGCACGUGCGCGUGCCGACGACGAGGGCGCCAUGUACGACAAGGUUCGCGAGUUGGAUGCGGCUCUGGCGGCGUCGCGUGAGCGGUGCGAGGCGCUGGAGCUCAAGUUGACUCGGGCCGAGAUGGAAGUGGCACGGGUCCAGGGCGAAGUUGCGCAUCUGCACGAGGCCAAGAUGGCAGCCGAGGGGCGAGCGGGCGACUACGAGUCGCAGCUGCGCGAGCUCGAUGCCCUCGUCGCGAGUGAGCGUGCCGAGAGCGGUGCGCAGGUUUCAGCACUCGAGGCGCGCGUGGUGGAGCUGGAGACCGAAGUCGCGACAGCUCACGAAGAGCUUGUUGCGGCGCGGGCGGAAGCGUCUACGGCACAGGCAGCGCUUGAGGCACUGAAGGAUGCCGAGGCGCGCGCUGCGGCGCAGAGUCUGGGGCAGAUUGAGCGGCUGCAGAUGGUCCGCAAGUCCCUUGAGCUGGAGAAAGAGAACAUGUCGUCGCGGUCUACCCGCGUGGACGAGUCAUGCGAGGAGUGAUGGGGAAAUGAACGAGAGAUGUGUAUC